UGGGAGUCGCAGUGGGGGGAUCCAAACUCAAAAAAUCUACACAGACUCUUCAGCCAUGGUAUGAAAAAUUGAACAUGUUACGGCACGCUGGAUGCUUCAUAUCGUCACGCGACAGCUCCGAACGCUCUCACGCCGCCUCGAAGGCAGAGGAGAGUCUUUUUGUCAUCAUAUUCUAUCUGUAUUUAAGCAGUGCCAUUACCGAAGGAACACAUAUUGCACUGGAAUGUUUUCUGAAUUUUGUGUUGAAGGGCGAUCGGGUGUCAUGUUUUUCCGAUGACCCGUCAGCCCUUCAUCCCGAUCUCUCCUGUGGAUUCGGACAAAAGCCUAAGGCUGUCGUCGGAAGGAGAAAAACAAAGUCGCUAGACCCUGUACUGGAACUUACAAGCCUUCUCAUUGCAGAUUGGAUGGUACUCCGUGCGGGACGAAUCUAUGCCUGGGGCACCGGAUGUCACAACGACGAAGCAGUGGGUAUUGCGAAAACCGGCCAAACUGGAUGGCUUACCGCAGUAAUGUAUACAGAAACCGUGCAAGGUGUAUUCAGUACAUACUCCGUACCGGCUUCCCCACUAGGUCUACAUAAAGAGGAAUGGCGCCAAGAGUCUCUGCUGGACAAUGACGAGGCUUUCCAAGCUGGGCAGCCAAAGGAAGAACAAUCUCGCUGGAACCUGUGUCUGACGUCUGUCGUAUUGAUUUGGGACCUUUCGAGAAGAGCCCCAGAGUCAAAACAAUCCAUAGUUCUGUUGUGGUAAAUGCUACGAAUAUGGAGGCAUUGAAUAUACGCAACCGUUUCUAUAGAACGCCAAAUACAAGUAUAAUCAUUGUGGUGGCUCAGGGUGUUGUAGACGUGCAUAAUCUGUGCAGCUCAACGGUACAUGGGAUUUGAAAACCUAUGAUGGCAGAGGUGAGAG